GAAUUCCGGUGAGGCUCGCUGACCGGAAGUCGGUCUGGUUAGCGCUGGUUCACGUUACUUGGAGAACACUAAAGAAAAGGAGGAAAAGCAGCCGCUACUUGGAAGGACACAGGUUGUUUUUUUUUUAAUUAAGGAUAUUCAACACAAAGAAAACUCCGAAACCCAAGAAGGCACUUAAACCAGAAGUUUAUUCGUCCGACAUCAGCAGCUCUAACACAGCGGCAGUGGAAUGUGGUUCUCUACAGGUGCCUUCUUUUCUGCCUGCUAGUAGUGACGGGCACGGGGCAGUCGUCCCAUGAGCUUUGUGUCAGCCUGACGUGAGCGCUGUGGGCCCGGGCCUGUUUUCUCUGGAUCAGUGCGUAUUCAGCACUGCAGUGAUGGAUCACCCCAGAGAUAAAGAAGGCGAGAGGCCGGCGAGGAGCAGCAAAGUGGCCCAGGGACGCAGCGGACACUCGCGGCCUUCCAGCUCCUCAACCUCCUCCGGCGUCCUCAUGGUGGGACCGAACUUCCGCGUGGGCAAGAAGAUCGGCUGUGGAAAUUUCGGGGAGCUAAAACUCGGAAAGAACCUCUACACAAACGAGUAUGUUGCUAUCAAAUUGGAACCUGUGAAAUCCAGAGCCCCACAGCUCCAUUUGGAAUACCGGUUUUACAAAACGUUAGGGAGCACAGCGGAAGGCCUGCCCCAGGUGUACUAUUUUGGGCCAUGCGGGAAAUACAAUGCCAUGGUGCUGGAGCUGCUCGGCCCCAGCCUGGAGGACCUCUUUGACCUCUGUGACCGCACCUUCUCCCUCAAGACGGUCUUAAUGAUUGCCAUUCAGCUGAUCUCUCGCAUGGAGUACGUGCACUCCAAGAACCUCAUCUACAGGGAUGUGAAGCCAGAGAACUUUCUCAUCGGACGGCAAGGGAACAAAAAGGAGCACAUCAUUCACAUCAUAGACUUUGGCUUAGCCAAAGAAUACAUCGAUCCUGAAACCAAAAAACACAUUCCAUACCGGGAGCACAAGAGCCUCACUGGCACAGCACGAUACAUGUCCAUAAAUACGCACUUGGGGAAGGAGCAAAGUCGACGGGAUGACCUUGAAGCCUUAGGUCACAUGUUCAUGUACUUCCUCCGAGGCAGCCUUCCAUGGCAGGGACUAAAGGCUGACACGUUAAAAGAGAGAUAUCAAAAAAUCGGUGACACAAAACGGAACACUCCAAUUGAAGUUCUCUGUGAGAACUUUCCCGAGGAGAUGGCUACGUAUCUGCGCUACGUUCGGCGGUUGGAUUUCUUCGAAAAGCCUGACUAUGAGUACUUGAGGACCUUAUUCACUGAGCUGUUUGAACGCAAAGGAUACACGUUUGAUUACACCUACGACUGGGUCGGCAGGCAAAUUCCCACACCGGUUGGGUCCGUGCACGUGGACUCCGGAGCCUCAGCUGUGACACGUGAGAGCCACACACACAGAGACAGACCUUCUCAGCACCAACCUCUAAGGAACCAGACGGCCUCCUCCGACCGCAGAGGAGCAUGGGAGGUGCAGCCCAACCGGCAGGCCAACUCCUACCUGACCUCCCACCUGGCGUCGGACAGGCAUGGAGGCUCAGUGCAGGUGGUCAGCUCGACUAACGGCGAACUGAACGCAGACGACCCGCUGGCGGCCCACUCCAACGCUCCAAUCACAGUGCAGGCGGAGGUGGAAGUGGUGGAUGAGGCUAACUGCGUGAAAAUGCUCAACUUGUGGUGCUGCUGCUUCUUCAAGAGGAAGAGGAAAAAGAACACCGCUCGGCACAAAUGAUCCGUCACCCGCUCCACCCAGCCCAUUUUAAGAACGUUCAAUAAAGAAAUUUUAUUCAAAAGAAGACAACAAUGCCCUCAAAAUGAAUUGCCUCAAAGGGCCCUGCCUGUGAGAGAGAAUGGAGCCAUGCACGUAUCGUGUAACGCGGAUGCAGGGCUCAUGGACGGUUUCCUUUUAUCGGAAUAUACACACACAAAAACACUCAUUUGGAUCUCUAAGCACUGGAACAGCAUUGCACUCCUUCAUGCUUCUUGUUUUUUUUUUUUUUUUUUUUCUUUCCCCCCUCUCCAUCCAUCUGUGGUGAGAGAGACGGCUCCAUGAGGGAGCCCUCCCGUGCUCCAUGAGGGAGCCCUCUCCGAUGCUCGAGAGGGGGGGUUUGGAGGGAGUUUCACUCAAACAGAGGAGCUUCAUCCACACUGGAGUUCAUGUAACGAUCCUUUGCACCGCCUGCUAGCUUUCACUUCUGUCCUUUGUAUUUUCUGCUCCUCCUGACUGCGUGGUCAGAGCCUUAGAAAUUUUGCUAGCAGAGUUCGUGUAUCUAUUGGACUGAGUCAGCGUAAACAUCGUAAAAACAAAACAAAAAAAAACGCUAACUGUCUUAACAUAAUAUAAAGCUAACAGGCUUUUCCUUGUGGACUCUGUAAAUGUGUGAAAUAAGCAGCCAAGUGUAAAGUGACAGCGUUGUAUUCAUGGCCUUCGACUCUCGUGCUGAUGCAAUGCGCUACCUGGCUCUGUUCUGAGGGACGAGGAGAGCAUCCAGGUCCGAUGCUCGGUCCAUGAUCGAGAGCCUCAGCACAUUCCCCAGUUCUACUGAAUGCUAUUUAAGCUGCUUGUUCUAAAGCACUCCACCCACUCCGACCUGCCAGCCAGCCAUGCUGCUUUCUCCUCUUGUGAUAUAGUAUCGCUUUAACGUGAAACUGACUUUUCUAUUAGCUGGGAUUCAGAGCUGAACUCGCCAGUGAGACGCUCCGUGGUUCUCUUUGUAUCAAACAUUCUCACUGCGUUUAUUUUAUUAUUUUUUUCCUCGUAAUCAUCUUAUUUUUCAGAUCCCAGUCCCUGGUUUGAAUGUGGCGUUUCUUGUAUUAUUUUUUUUUAAACUAUAAUUAUUAUUAUUACGCCAUAUAAAUGGAAAUGAUUGCCGAAGAGAAUAAUUAUUUAAUGUGCCAGGGUGGAAUCCAGUCAGUCUGUGGGUGACUGAACAUUCUUUUAUGUCCCUAUAGUAUGUAUUUCUUCACAUCAUGCGUUUGUGUCUAUAUGAACAGAGCAUCAGAAUGGUGUAACGGUUAAUAGGAAGCUUGCUAACAUUCGUAACGUGUAAUAAUGGCUGUUUAUGAAGUGUUUCCUUGCCUCGUAGCAGUUUCAGUGGGUAUUCAUGAUCAAGUGUGCGAUCCAGACUUUUUUUUUUUUUUUUUUUGAAGGGAACAUGCAAACUGAUGAUGGUAACUCGAAUGCUGUCUUAAAGAGACUCUCAAACUGCCACUGCUAAAUAUCUCAUCUUAAUGCCUUAACUAACACUACUUAGCAGAGCCGUUUCACAUGGUUCUGCAUUAAGACACUACAGAACUCUUCUCUUGACUUUUGUUAAUGAAGUACUCUCAGUUCUCUUACAGUAAAAAUCCCUAAACAGCCAGAUCCAAAUUAAACUGACUCCAAAACUGAACCCGAUUUUAUUUAGUGACUACUGUAAAUUGCUUGGCGUCGCGUCUCUUUUCCGUUUGCUCAGAAAGCAGUCAUAAGUGGCUCUGUCAAAGGUAGGCCCGUGAUCUCUUAGAUAUAGGAUGAGGCCACCUUUAGAUCCCACAAGGUCCAUUAUAAUCACGAUUAUAGUAUCUAGCUUCAGUUCUGGAGAGCUUUAACACACCUGAUUUAACGUGUGAAAAGUCUGUCAUGCUAAUCUGAAUCAGGUUUGUAAAACAGUGUGGUGCUCCAGAAAUGGAGUUAGACAAUCCUUUCAUCAAUUAAAUGUACCUAAGAUGUUUUUUUUUUUUCCUUUUUUCCUCCCAGAAAGUGGCUUUGAAGGAAUUACAGUUUGAUCCUAGUGAUGCUGUUGCCUUGUUUUUUUUUUGUUUUUUUUUUGUGCCCCCAAGUGAUCGCCUGUGUCCAAAGGAUAAUUCCCUGGUUUUGUGAUUUUUAAAUGUAUAGUAAAUGUGAAUUGAAAAGUAUAAGAAAUUAUAUAACUUCUAUAUAUUUUUUGUUUUUGUUUUUUCAUUACCUGGCCUAGAGAGAGAAAGAGAGAGAGAGACCAUGAUAAAUUCUGACUGCACUACACUUUCACUACCUUCAGUCACCUGUCCUCUUCUGUACUGUUGCUGUUUUAAUGUUUGAAGGUCUUUCUUUAGCCAGUAUGAGAAAUUGUGAAAAAGGUGAAUUAUGAGCAUUGAACUGACCGCUAAUAUUUCUAGAAACCUCUGGUCAAGUAGCAGAAUAAUAAUUCACCUGAAACACAGAGAGGGUGUGGACUAGAAAGGGAAUUUAACUUGUUUUAAAUGAUCCAGAAGGACAUAUAGGACCAAAAGAACAAUAAGGAUGAUCUUGAACUAGAUUGUCCGAUUCCGUUGCUUGCUUGAUGCGUUCAGUUAACUUGAUGUCUCAUGAUUAAGGCGAUACAUAUUUUAGAAAUAAUUAAUACACAAGCACUGAUCAUCAUCUAGUUUCUUGAAUAAUGCUUUGAUGAGCGAAAUCCCUGCUGGAUGAACCCACCGUCCUUGCAGCUGAGAAACGGAUGUCACUUGGUGUUUGUGGGAACAGAGUAUCAAGGACGGGCAGCUUGCCAUUGAACCAGUGUGUAUGCAACAUGCAUUGUGAGCAAUAUUUCAGAUGCUUUGCUUAUUUAGAGUUUUUUUUAAUCAUCAUCUCGCAUGAAACGUCCUAUGAAACUCGUCAAUUCAGUUCUAAAUUAUUUUGUGGAAAGUACUUGAAUCCUACUCGCUCUGUUGGAACAGUUGCUGAAUCUCUCCCGGUGGUGUCUAAGGAGAGGCUUCUUUCUAGCAUUUUUUUCUCCAGCAUUUUUUUUUUUUAUUUAAAUGGUUGUUUCUUGUAUUUGCAUAUUAUGUGCCUCCACACGAACGUUUGGUGGGAGUUUAGUAAAAUUUUUUUUUUUUGGAUGGGUGCUGCUUGCUGCUGUCGGGUGUGCCUGUGCGCUCGCUUAAGGGAGAACGACUUGUGUGAGAAGACAAGUCUGUACACUUAUUCUCCUUCUAUCCCACGCUCUUCCAUUCCCCUUUGCCAGGUUUCAGAGUUUAGGGUAGUAACAUGUCUGUAUGCUGAAGAUCAUAGCUAGUUUUGCUCAAAUUCAGGAUCAGUGUUAUUAAAUUUAAAGUUCAGAUUUGGGUAAAAGAUCCAGAUCAGCAAAUUUUAAGCUUGGUUUCUAAGGUAAUCAUGUCUUUUUUUUUUUUUUCUUUUUUUUUUUUUUUUAAAUCAAGGUGGUUGGAAUCGAGACAGGGCCACUUAGAAAAUGUUCUGGAGUAGGCAAAGGGAGCCAUCUGCUGACCAGUUUCGAUAAAAAGGGAUCACUCUUUCUUUAAACACUAAACACUGAAAUCCUUGACAUUUUGCAUAUGUUACUGAGACGUUGUUCCUUUUUUCUGGACUCUGGGUUGAGGCUGGAGUAAUGACUACUAUCUGAUUUCAAAACAUCAUCCUUCCAAGUUUUAAAGCAGCCUGUUUUCAUACUAAUCACACUUUCCAAGAUAAGGUGGUGAUUAACAUUUGUUUAUCCUCAGAAUAAAGUCAAAAAUAACCCUGUGCUCUAUGGAUGUCUUAAUAGCCGUUACGUUUGCAUCACUGUAGUGGAAACGUCUCUUAAAGGGUUAAAAAUGACAGAUUUUAAAGACAUAAAGUAGCAUCAUUAGGUAGAAGGUUCAGCAUUUCUGCAGUUUAUACAAUGCAUGGCUUAUGAAUAAGAACGCAGUGGGAUUGAGGUGGAACUUUAUUCGACAUACAUUCUGGGCAUGAACUUUCUACACUUUCUGUUCAGUCGCAAUCGUACAGCUUCUGUAAAAGCUGCUUUCAGUUUUUAACAACUAAGCUCAGCUUUAGUCCUGCAAGUAUUUUCUAGCUCAGCGUCUUUUUUUUUUUUUCUUUUUCUUUUUUUUUUUUUUUUUUUUUUUUUGAUUGCUAUUGCUAUCAGUCAUCGUCGGUUUAAAUCAGUGUGAAAAUUUAAUGUGAACAAAUUCGUAAAUCUGCUUAAUUAAACGGCACAUUGUUUAACAAAGUUCGGAUUGAACAGCGCUACAAAUAUUCCAGUUAUCAUCCGUAUUUUAUCACUACGUCUUUUUGUUUGUUUUUUUUUCCUCUCAGUGUUUUGUAAAAGAUUCUGUGCAACACAAAUGAUUUUCUUUUUCUUUCCAAGUAAUGAAAGUUUGACUUGUACAGUACUGUAAUUCCCUUUCUGGUUCUGGUCAUUAUUUAAAAAAAAAAACAAAAAAAAACAAAUCCUCUCAUGCAUUGAAUCUGAAGUCAUAAGUCUGUGCUGAAACAUGAAUGUUAAUGCAUCUGAAUGGUUUCGUUUAGUCAAGGGCUUUCGAUUGUGAGGGACCCAUCCUUGUUUUUCCAAUUGUGUUUUUCUUUUCUUUUUGCAGAAAGAUAAAUGUCUUAAAGGCUAUUUUUCCUGACGAGUCAUAUGAAGUACCACAUUUAACCUUUCAAAUACAAUUUUUAUUCCCUCCACUCUUAAAGGGAAACUCAAGUUUGCACCCUUUUUUAUGUAAAAUAAAGGAAAUUGUCUCAA